UCCUCCUCCCCUCCAGCCACCCUGGGAUUGGUGACUCUCAGCCCCUCCCCUCGACUCCCCCAAACCCUCCCAGAACCUUUAUCAGGGAGCUGGGACUGGUUCCUUCCAAAGCCCCCUGCACUCCUGUUUCUCUCUCUGCAGCAGCACCAGCCGGAUCCCUGAUCUUGCCAUCCAUCCAGCUCCACAAGCACCAUGAGGAGCGGCAUGCUGUUUGUGGUCGUCCUUGCCCUCAGCUUGGCUUGGAGCUUUGGGGCUGUGUGUGAGGAGUCCCAGGAGCAUGGGGGUACUGGCAGGAGGCACAGUAAGGACUCUGCUCUCUCCCAGCUGCCCCCAUCCCUGCUCCGGAGACUCUACAACCGCUCAGUCUCUCUGGAAGGAUUGCUCAAAGUGCUGAGCAAGGCUAGCACAGGACCCAAGGAGACAUCACUUCCACAGAAACGUGACAUGCAUGAUUUCUUUGUGGGACUUAUGGGCAAGAGGAGCAGCCAUCCAGACACUGCCACUGAUGUGGCUGAGAAUGCCCCCAGCUUCGGCACCCUCAAAUAGGCCCCCGGUGCAGAAAAGGGCUGUACUUCUGAACAACAGGACUGCAUCACAGGGCCCACUGCAUGCUCUCCUGCUUCCUUUCCUCAUUUCCUGCCUGUGAGACCCUCCUGUGGAGACUUUCCUACUCAGCAUGAAAGUUACAAAUGAAUGCUCCCAUGGGCACUGCAUGUGUCCUGCAUUAAAAAUACAAUAUCCCCUCUUCAACAAUAAAGGGAUUUUAUA